GCUCUCAAUAAUAAUGGAUAAACUUGGAUGUUCUUCCAUUUUCAUUCUCUGCAUUUUCACCACCUUUCUCUUUACAGUCGGAGAUGGAGAUCAGCAGAACUUGGAGGGCCAUAAAAGAAUACUAUAUUUUCCUAAGAGGCUAAGAAGUAUGUUUUCUUUUCCUAAAACUACGAGUACAAGCUAUUGGGAGAAGGUUAAAACGCUCAUAAAUCUAGCACAUGCCUACUUCUUUCCUCCAAAUAUAGAUUUUAGGGGUGGAGACGAAGCUGAAGCCAAUGAAGCUUCAGGUGGCGCUGGAGCGAAAGUGAAAGAGGCUGUUACCCAAAGUUUGGGUAAGAGCAAAGCAACUGUGGAGGAUUCUGCUAAAACUGCCGCAAAAAUAGUGGGUGAAACGGUGAAGAACACAAAGGAGAAGGUGAAGAACAGCUUGUUCGAGAGGGAGGCAGAAUCUCAAUCCAAGCUCUAGUAAGUUACAAUCUUUAGGUCUUCUAAAUAUUGUAGAUGCAAGUUGUUUUUCUGUUUUA